GCACCAAGAAUUCCCUGCUGGCCUUUAAAGUAGAAGCCAAGAAUGAGCACCGGAGCACCAGCAAAGUCUCCUACGUGCGUUUCGUCACCGUGCAUGCCUACAACCAUACUGUGUCCCUGUCCUAUGGAGAAAUAGGCAUUGCCCGGAUCGACUACCAGUACUCAAGCCUCCCGGCCUCCCUGGGAGAAGGUCGCCUGCGUGUGUACCAGAGUGGAACUCGAGGCAUGAUCGAGCUGGACUUUGGGCUGCUGGUCACCUUUGACUGGGAUUACCAGCUGACAGUGAGCCUGCCCAAGCGCUUCCAAGACCAGGUGUGGGGGCUGUGUGGCAACUAUAAUGGAGACCCUGCUGACGACUUCCGCAUGCCUGAUGGGAAGCAAGCUUCUGACGUCCUGAACUUCACCAAGAGCUGGAAGCUGGAUAAUGGGGACCUCUUAUGUGAUGAUGGCUGUUACGGCAAUUGUCCCUCCUGCACCACAAGCCAGUCCAAGCUCUUUAAAGGAGACCUUUUAUGUGGCAUGCUAACUCUGCCCAUGGGUCCGUUUGCAGACUGUCAUGGCUUCCUGGACCCCCAGCCUUUCCUGGAAGAGUGUGUGUACGACAUGUGUGUGACUGGAGGGGAGCGCCUCACCCUGUGCCAUGGCCUCAGCGCCUACGCCAGAGCCUGUGCAGACCUGGGCAUCUCUGUGCGGGAAUGGCGGUCACGAACCAACUGCCCCUUGAUCUGCCCAGCCAACAGCCACUAUGAACUCUGCAGCCCUGCCUGCCCAGCCUCCUGCAACUCAGAAGCCUUACCGACCAACUGCUCUGGGCGCCCAUGUGUGGAGAGCUGCGUGUGCCUUCCAGGCUUUGUGGUCAAUCGUGGCCGCUGUGUGCCCGUGUCAUCCUGUGGCUGUACCUACCAGGGCCGCCUGCUGGCCCCGGGUCAGGAAGUGUUUGCUGAUGACCUAUGUCGGCAGCGCUGCACCUGUGAUGCAGCCACCCUGAAGGUGAUCUGCAGAGACACAGCAGGAUGUCUGCCUGGGGAGCACUGUGUGGUACAGGAUGGCUUCUUGGGUUGCUACCCGGAAUACUUCCGCAGCUGCCAGGCGUCCGGAGACCCUCACUACAGGAGCUUGGAUAUGCGGAGCUACAAUUUCAUGGGCACCUGCUCCUAUAUGCUCACCACCUCGUGUGGCCAGCACCCCUCCCUCCCCGACUUCAAAGUGGUUAUGGAAAACGAACGUCGGGGAAGUCAGAGUGUGAGCUUUGUACACUCUGUGCAGCUGGAGGUCUACGGAGUGAAGUUGGAGGUGCCUCGGGACUACCCAGGCAAAGUGCUGAUGGACGGCGUCAUUCACUACCUGCCUUUCCAAGCUGCAGGUGGAAAAGUCGUGGCGUUCCGCAAAGGCAAAUACGCUGUCCUGCGCACAAACUUCGGCCUGACCGUUAGUUUCAACUGGGACACUCAUGUGACUGCCAAGAUGCCCAGCAACUAUGCUAAAGCUGUGUGUGGCCUCUGUGGUGACUUCAACGGGAACCCUCGUGAUGACCUGGGCCUGCAGAGUAAAGGGGAAGCCCUUGACCCUCGAGACUUCGGGAAGAAGUGGCUGGUGACAAUGAAGCCUGGCUGCAGAACAGACGAACAACUUCUGUGUCCUAAUAUGAGCAGCGAGGUAGUGAUGAAGAACAGAAAGAAGUGCAAGAUCCUCCGUGACAAGGACAGUCAGUUCAGGGAAUGUUGGAAAGUGCCCGCCUUCAACAGCGCCCUCAUUGAAUGCAUCUAUGAUAGCUGCCGCAUGCCGGGCCAGACUAAGCCACUGUGUGACACACUGGCCACAUACACCGCCAUCUGCCAGGCUGAAGGGGUCACUGUGUAUCCCUGGAGGAGUGAGAAACUUUGCCCAAUGAACUGCCCUCCUCACAGUCACUAUGAGCUGUGUCAACGAGGCUGUCCAUUGACCUGUGGAGACCUGCCGGUGCCUGGAGGCUGCGGCACAGACUGCCACGAGGCCUGUGUCUGUGAUGAAGGCUUUGUCCUUAGUGGUGAGACUUGUAUACCGCUGUCCUCCUGCGGUUGCCUAUACCAGGGCGUUUACCACCAUGUGGGAGAUGACUUCUAUCCUGGACCUGAAUGCAAUUCCAUUUGCCACUGUCAUGAGGGGGGCCUAGUGUCCUGUCAGGCCUCGUAUUGCAGCCCACAGGAGAUCUGUAAGGUGUCUUAUGGCAUCCUCAGGUGUGUGGCUGUGGACUCGGCCACCUGCCGGGUGUCAGGAUCUAUCCAUUACACUACCUUUGAUGGCCGCCACUUUGACUUUAUGGGUACCUCUGUGUAUGUGCUGGCUCAAACCUGCUGGACCCGGCCCGGCCUGAACCCGUUCACAGUACUGCAGGAGAAUGCAUUCUGGGGCAACGAGCAAGUCGCUGUGACCAAGAUGAUCACCGUCCAGGUGGCCAACUACACCCUGCAGCUGGAGCAGAAUCAAUGGAAGGUCAAGGUGAAUGGCGUGACCACAAAGAUGCCUGUGAUUCUGGAUGAAGGCAGUGUUCAGGCCUUCCAGCAUGGCUUAGAUGUGGUCAUCAAGACCAGAUUUGGCCUGCAUGUGUCCUAUGAUCUCAACAGCAACGUGCGUGUCACCAUUCCCCAUAACUACUAUAAACACAUGUGUGGCAUGUGUGGGGACUACAACGAAGACCCCAAGAAUGACUUCCAGAAGCCGGAUGGCUCACAGGCUGUCAGUCCCAGUGAUCUGGGUAACUCCUGGCAGAAGACCGUGCCAGGCUCUUCCCACAGGCCCCAGCCUGCCUGCAAACCGGGACAAGACUGCAAACCAAAGUGUUCCCCAGACAUGGAGAAAAAAUAUCUUGAUAACCAAUUCUGCGGGUUGCUCACCAACCUCACGGGGCCACUGGCUGACUGCCACAAGCUGAUUGACCCCCAUGAUCCCUUGAAAGACUGUGUCUUUGAUCUCUGCCUGGGUGGUGGUAACCUGAGCAUUCUCUGCAGGAGCAUUCACGCCUACGUGAGCGCCUGCCAGGCAGCUGGAGGGCACGUCAAGCCGUGGAGGACCAAAACUUUCUGUCCAAUGGAGUGCCCUGCUCACAGCCACUAUGAGGUCUGCGCAGACACCUGUUCCCUGGGAUGCUCAACCAUCACCACACCGAUAGAGUGCCUGGACACGUGUUCUGAGGGCUGCGAAUGUGACACCGACUACCUGCAGAGCAUCACAGGCUGUGUGCCCAUGGAGAAAUGUGGCUGCCACCAUGAUGGUGUCUACUAUGAGCCAGAGGAGUUGGUUCUCAUUGAAAGUUGCCAGCAACAGUGUGUGUGCCAUUCAGGAGAAGGCAUGGUGUGCAAGGAUCACAGCUGCAAGCCAGGACAGGUGUGCGAGCCCUCUGGAGGCAUCCUGACCUGCGUCUCCAAAGACCCGUGCCAAGGUGUUACCUGUCGGUCACUGGAAACGUGCACAGAGAAAGGUGGCAAGGGUGUGUGCAUACCCAAUUAUGAAGCCAAAUGCCUGGCGUGGGGAGACCCUCACUAUCAUUCCUUCGAUGGUCUGAACACUAACUUCCACGGGACCUGCAGUUACCUGCUGGCAGGGAGUGUCUGUCCUGGAGUCAGCACUGGCGGGCUGACUCCCUUCACGGUCAUCACCAAGCAUGAGAGCCAGGGCAACCUUGCUGUGUCCAAUGUGAAGAGGGUCACUGUGACCACCUACAACACCAGCAUCGCCAUCCACAAAAAGGAGAUAGGCAGAGUCCAGGUGAAUGGAGUUCUGACGGCCUUGCCUGUCUACCUGGCUGGUGGACGGGUUUCAGUGGUCCACGGGGGCUCCAAGGCUAUUCUGGUGACAGACUUCGGGCUUCAAGUCAUCUAUGACUGGAACUGGAGGGUGGAAGUUGUACUGUCAAGUAGCUAUUAUGGUGCAGUGUGUGGGCUCUGUGGAAACAUGGACAAAAACCCCCGAAAUGACCAAGUCUUCCCUAAUGGCACAACGGCACCCUCAAUACCCACCUGGGGUGGCAGCUGGCAGAUUCCAGAGUGGGACCCUCUUUGCUGGAAUGAAUGUCAGUGUUCCUGUCCAGUGUGCCCAGAGGACCGAGUGGAGGAAUAUGAGGGUCCUGGCUACUGUGGACCUCUGGCCCCUGACACAGUGGGCCCCUUCACCAGCUGCCAUGCACAUGUGCCUCCUGAGAACUUCUUCAAGGGCUGCGUGCUGGAUGUCUGCAUGGGCGGUGGCAUCAAAGACAUUCUAUGCCAGUCACUGGCUGCCUAUGCUGCUGCCUGCCAGGCUGCUGGCAUCCAAAUAAAGGACUGGAGGACUCAGGCUGGCUGUGAGAUGGCCUGCCCUGACAACAGCCACUACGAGCUCUGUGGCCCACCCUGCCCAGCCAGCUGCCCGUCCCCUGCACGCCACACAACCCCAGCUGCAUGUGGUGGGCCCUGUGUGGAGGGGUGCCAGUGUGACCAGGGCUUCGUGCUGAGUGCUGGGCAGUGUGUUCCCCUGGACAGUGGCUGUGGCUGCUGGGUCAAUGGCACAUACUAUGAAGCAGGCACCGAGUUUUGGACUGAUGCCAGCUGCUCUGAGAGGUGCCGCUGUGAACCUGGAAGUGAAUCCCUGGUGUGCGCGUCUGCCAGCUGCAGGCCAGAUGAGAAGUGUGCCUUGUUGCCCUCCGGCCAGCUCAGCUGCCAACCCACAAGCAUAGCUGAGUGCCAAGCCUGGGGCGAUCCCCAUUUCAUCACCCUCGAUGGGCACUGGUUUGACUUCCAAGGCACCUGCUAGUACCUGCUGAGCGCACCCUGCCAAACGCCACCCGCAGGGACUGAAAACUUCAAUGUCACUGUGGUCAAUGAGCACAGGGGCAGCCAGGCGGUCAGCUACACCCGCAGUGUCACUCUGAAUAUCUACGGCCUCAGCCUGACCCUUAGUGCCAGCUGGCCAAGGCAGCUACAGGUGGAUGGAGAGCUGAUAAUGCUGCCUUUCCAGCUGGACUCAAGACUGCUUGUUCACUUGAGCGGCACAGGCUUGGUGGUAAACACCACCUGGGGGCUCUCCCUGGCUUUCAAAGACAAUUUCCUGCGCCUGCGUGUGCCUGCAGCCUAUGCAGGCGCCCUCUGUGGCCUAUGCGGGAACUACAACAAAAAUCCCAAUGACGAUGAGACAGCAGUGGGGAAACCUGAGAGCUGGAAGGUGGGCGGAGCCCCAGGCUGCGACCAGUGCAUGAAGGAGCAGUGCCCAAAACCCUGCACACCUGAGCAACGGAAACCCUUCCAUGGCCCCAAAGCCUGCGGCAUCAUCUCAGACCCCGCAGGUCCACUAGCACCCUGCCACAGCCUCCUGCCACCCGCGCAGUACUUCGAGACUUGUUUGCUGGAUGCCUGUCAAGCUGAGGGCCAUCCAGGAGGUCUCUGUCCUGCCGUGGCCGCCUAUGUGGCAGCUUGUCAGGGUGCUGGAGCCCAAAUUGGAGAAUGGAGAAAGCCAGACUUCUGUCCCCUCCAGUGUCCUGCCAACAGUCACUACCAGCUCUGUGGUGACUCCUGCCCUGUGAGCUGCCCAAGCCUCUUGGCCCCAGAGGGCUGUGAAACCGCCUGCCAGGAGGGCUGUGCCUGUGAUUCUGGCUUUGUGCUCAGUGGUGACACCUGUGUGCCCGUGGGCCAGUGUGGCUGCCUCUACAAUGGACGCUACUACCAGCUGGGUGCCACAUUCUACCCAGGCCCUGAGUGCGAGUGGCUCUGUGUGUGUAAGUCAGACGGGCAGGUCAUCUGCCAGAUAGAGUCCUGUGGUAUCCACGAGGAGUGCCGGUUAGUGGAUGGCGUCCGUGCCUGCCAUCCCAGGAGCUCUAAGCUAAUGGUGGUCCUUAAUGGCAUUCAUUAUGCCACGCCCGACGGACUGGUGUAUGACCUUCAUGGCUCCUGCUCCUACAUCUUGGCACAAGUCUGCCACCCGAAACCUGGAGAUGAGGGGUUCUCCAUUGUGCUUGAGAAGAACUUGGCAGGUGAAACCCAGCGAGUGGUGGUUAUUGUGGCAGGCCAUGUUGUGGUCCUGGCUCAAGGGCCACGGGUGACUGUGGACGGUGAAGCUGUGAACCUGCCCGUGGUUGUGGGCUCCAUGUUUAUAACUGUUGAAAGCCGAAACAUGUUCUUCCAGACAAAGAGAGGGCUGAAGGUUCUCUUCGAUGGUGAUAGCCAUAUCCUUCUGUCCAUCCCUAGUCCCUUCCGUGGACGUAUCUGUGGCCUCUCUGGGAACUUCAAUGGGAACCGGAGUGAUGACUUUGCAUUGCCCAGUGGAGCCUUAGCCCCCAGUGCUGAGGCCUUUGGAGCUGCCUGGCGAGCUCCAGGCUCCCCCCUGGGCUGUGGUGAGGGCUGUGGGGCCCAAGGCUGUCCUGUGUGCUCAGCCAAGGAGAGAGAAGUGCAUGAGAAAAACGAAGCCUGUGGGAAGAUGCAGGACCUCCAAGGCCCCUUCGCAGCCUGCCACCAGGUUCUGAGUCCCUUGGAAUACUUCCGCCAAUGUGUACUUGACCUGUGUGCCCAAAAGGGCAGCAAAACAUACCUCUGUCAAAGCCUGGCAGCCUAUACCGCAGCCUGUCAGGCAGCUGGUGCAACCGUGCAGCCCUGGAGGACAGAAGACUUCUGCCCUCUCCAGUGUCCGGCCCACAGCCACUACUCUGUCUGCACACGCUCCUGCCAGGUUUCCUGCGCUGCUCUCGCUGGCCUCACCCAAUGCACCACUCAGUGCUUCGAAGGAUUUGAGUGUGACGAUCACUUUCUGCUCUCCCAGGGUGUGUGCGUUCCGGCCCAACACUGCGGCUGCACCUUCAAUGGCCACUAUAUGCCGAUGAACUCUUCACUGAUGACCUCAGACUGCAGCGAACGCUGCUUCUGCUCCCCAAGCACCGGCCUGACAUGCUAUCCAACUGGCUGCUCACCUGGCCAAGUCUGUGAGAUACGCGCGGGAGUCCGGAACUGCUGGCCAGCCAAAGGUCUUUGCUCCCUCUCUGUGAAAGGCAACCUUAUCACCUUCGAUGGGGUUCACAAUGCCAUCAGCUCCCCUGGUGUCUAUGAGCUUUCUUCUCGCUGCCCCGGACUCGAGAAGACUGUGCCCUGGUACCGUGUGGUUGCUGAUGUCCAUGGCAAUGACAAGAUCGUGGACAAAGUCCACAUCUUCUUCCAGGAUGGACUUGUGACUGUGACCCGAAGCAACGGCGUGUGGGUGAACGGUCUCCGAGUGGAUCUCCCAGCUAGCGUGUUAACAUCUGUGUCUGUGAGGAGGCUCCCUGAUGGCUCCAUGCUUGUCCGCCAGAAGGCAGGGGUCCAGGUCUGGCUUGGAACAGAUGGGCAUCUGGAUGUGAUGGUCGGUGAUGACCAUGCGGCCUUGCUGUGUGGGGCCUGUGGAAACUUCGAUGGGUAUCAGAAUAAUGAUGUGCGUAAAUCUCAGGGGAAGACACCGAUGGAGAAGUGGAGAGCACAGGACUUCUCCUCAUGUUCCAGCUAAUCAGCCAGCACCGGCAAUGGACACUUCAAGAGCUGCAUCUUCCAGAAGCUACAGUGAUUGAAGGGUGCCCUGUGUGCCCCUUCCCUGUCCCUCCCCCUUGCUGAGCCACUGAGGCCACAUCU